CCCCGCCCGCCGUCCCCUCAGUAACUUGGCCGCCUUUUAUCGGGCGAGCGGCGAGGCGCGGAGUUUAGUGGUGCCGGAGCCGCGGCGCGGAGGAAGGGAGGGCGGCGGGGGCCCGGCGCGGCCGGGACGAUGCUGCGGCUGGUGUCGCUGAAGUUGGGGCGGCUGUACCGCUACGUGAAGCUGGCGGUGCUGGGCAGCCUGGCGGCGGCGCUGGUACUGAACACGCACUCGCUGCUGGCCUCGCUGCAGCGCAACGAGCUGGCGGAGCGGCGCUUCCUGCAGCUCAAUAAGUGCCCGGCCUGCUGGGGCACCAGCUGGUGCCGCAAGUUCCUCAACGGGCAGCUGCGCCUGGAGAGCUGGGGCCGCCUGCGCCUCUUCGACUUCUUCAACGUGAAGAACGUGUACUUCGCGCGCUACGGGGAGCCCCGCGAGGGCAGCCGCCGCGUCGUGCUCAAGCGCCUGGGCUCGGCGCAGGAGCUGGCCGACAUCGACGCCAAGAUCUGCCGGCGCGCCACCGGCAGGGGGCGCUGCGACCUGCUGCAGGCGCUGCACGCCACCGAGUUCGCCAGCCUGAACGGCGACGUGCGGCUGCUCACCCCCGACGCCGUGGAGGGCUGGUCCGACCUGGUGCACUGCCCCUCGCAGCGCCUGCUCGACCGCCUGGUGCGCCGCUACGCCGAGACCAAGGACUCGGGCAGCUUCCUGCUGCGCAACCUGAAGGACUCGGAGCGCAUGCAGCUCCUCAUCACCCUCGCCUUCAACCCCGAACCGCUGGUGCUGCAGAGUUUCCCAUCUGAUGAGGGCUGGCCAUUUGCAAAGUACUUGGGAGCAUGUGGAAGAAUGGUGGCUGUCAAUUAUGUUGGAGAAGAGCUAUGGAGUUAUUUCAAUGCACCAUGGGAGAAACGAGUGGAUCUGGCCUGGCAGUUAAUGGAAAUAGCUGAGCAGCUGACAAAUAAUGACUUUGAAUUUGCACUCUACCUCCUUGACGUCAGCUUUGACAACUUUGCAGUUGGACCAAGAGAUGGGAAAGUCAUCAUUGUGGAUGCAGAAAACGUUCUGGUAGCAGACAAAAGGUUAAUCAGACAGAAUAAACCUGAAAAUUGGGAUGUAUGGUAUGAAAGCAAAUUUGAUGACUGUGAUAAAGAAGCUUGUCUGUCCUUCUCAAAAGAGAUUCUUUGUGCUCGCGUCACUGUGGACCACAAUUAUUAUGCUGUUUGUCAGAACCUUUUAUCAAGACAUGCCACGUGGCGUGGCACUUCUGGAGGACUACUUCAUGACCCCCCAGCUGACAUAGCCAAAGAUGGCCGGCUUGAGGCCUUGCUGGAUGAGUGUGCCAACCCAAAGAAGCGAUAUGGCAGAUUCCAAGCUGCAAAGGAACUGCGUGAAUACCUUGCACAACUCAGUAACAAUGUGAGGUAGUCCACGUUGAAAAUCUCUUGCAACGCUGGCUAAAACACCAUUGCAGAGACACAUACAGUGAAGUCUUGAACUUGUGUGUUCAAAAGAGAAAAUGAAGAAGUGAAACUAAUUUAUCGGUUUUCUAAAUACCAUAAAGAUCUUUAUGGUAUUGUAAUGUUCCUUUGCAAACAGACAAGGUACUUACUGAGUUAAAACUUGAGCUACUAUUGACUCUUCUCCUAAACUAUUUAAAAGGGAGUAGGUCAAAAAAGACUGUGAUAGUUCAGUUGACAGCUUGUGUGUCAAAGGGUACUUUACAUAAAACUGCAUUAGUAUCACAAUUUUGUGAAACUGAUGUUCUUACUUGGAAAGUCAAGUUAGCCUGGCCUGUUUUAAAGGCCUUUUUCCCGACAUGGUCUCAUUUUUGUGUUCUGUUUUUUUUUUAAACACCUUGAAGUGGCAUUUACUUACAGGUAAAUAUAGCUGUCUGCGUUGUUUCAAGUUUAACAGGCUCUCAUGUUAAUGCUGUGCAGUACAUUCCUACUGUGAGUGCAGGAUUCCCAUGUUUACUGUCUAAUUUUAGAGGGUUUUACACUGUAGUUUACUAUGCUUAGAUUUUUUUUAAGGUUACCUUAAACUCAGAUGUCAUUUGAAUUAACAUUUGUUUGAUGUCUUUUGUAGUUCUGCCAUUGGAGAUAUCACUUCAUGUAAUUACUGUACAACAUUCUUAUCCUUAGUGCCAGUACAUUCAUGUGACUGUUCUUCAGAAAAUCAUGGUAUGAGCAAACCCUUAUUUAACAGACAUUAUUUUAGAAUUAAGGAAAGACUAAGAUUAAAAAAAAAAAAAUCGGUGUGAAUUGAAACUGGGGAUAGAAGCUUGACUAAAAAUAAUGAUUUGCUAUUCCUGAGUAGUUGAGCAAAAACUGAAGAAAAUGGUUUUGUCUAUUCAUUCCUAAACUAAUGAAUAGUUCCUAAUUCCUAACUAAACUUACCCUGAAGCUAAUAAUUCUUAAAAUUCAAAUUUCCAUGGCUGUUCCUUACUGUCUGAAGAGCUUCUAAAACUAUUGCUUGUACUGGAGGAAAGCCCCGAUUUGAAUAAAAAUAUGCAGAAAGUUAGCAAUUUGUUUCACAUCGUUACCAACUCUGUUCAAUUCAAGUGUAGUGAAGUUUACUGGAUAUUCAUCUUUUGGUUUACCAGCUAAGUUAAUUAAACAAUAUCCACUCUAGACACAUUUUCUUGAACUAAGUUUGACUAUUUGCAGUGCAGAUAAAAACUGAAGAGGUGUGUAAGUCUGAAGUUGUUCUAAUAAAUUAGUGUUUUUUUAUAAAAACAUCAAUUCCUGCUACAAGAUCUUACUUCAAAGCUUGCUUCUCAAUUUAUUAUUUAAUUAUUAUUUUUUUUUACUACUGCAAUGCCUCAUUUUCCUGAAGUCAUAUUCAUAAAACACUACUCUUAAGAAAAUAUAUGCAUGUUACUUCUGGUAACAGUAAUGAAGAAAACUAACAUUUCUUAAGUGUGUGUAUAAAACAGUGUUUCACGCAAGCUAAAAAUUCAGAGCAAGAUUGUACGUUUGGUAAUUUCAAGAGCCAAGUCAGUGUGCUAUUCAUACUGCAUCAAAAGACUGAUGGAAAUUGUUGCUUUACCAAAUUGCUGCAAAUUUAAAGUGAGGGAAAUAGCGAGCUCAUGGGUCCUUCUUUCUCAAAGCUUAAAAACUAUUGUCAUCUAAAGAUGCAGAAUGCUUUUGAUUUCUUAAUUGAAUAUUAAAGAUACGUUAGCAUUCUGAAUUCUCACUUUGAAUCAUCUUUGCUUAUAUAUUCUAAUUUCCUCCCUAGCUUUUGUCUUAAUUGUUUUCUGAAGUUGGAAGGACCAAUGCAAGUUGUGAUUUUUCAUUUCUGUCCUCCCUUGUUUAAAGUCAGUUUUACAUACUUGCUAUGACAUAAGCUGUCAGAGCAUUCAUAUAAUUUUUCAUCAUGAAAUCCACUUACCUGAAGAAGCUAGAAUGGCAUUAGGUAAUACUAUACUACCAUAAAAGCCUUGACUUAGCACUAAAAUUGAUUUUAUUUUUUUUAAUUUUUAUUAAACCAUCUACCACAUUUCCCAGUGAGAGAGUGGAGUGUGACUGUUUAAGUUUUAAAAGAAACAAAUACUACCAGCUCUGGUUACUACUUGAGGCAGUUCUGUCACUGCUAGAAUGUCCUGUCAGCUUUGGUUUGGGAUUUAGUUCCCUCAGAAACAAGUUAAUAAAGAAGAUUAUAAAAGGAAUUUGGAACUUAAAAGAAAGGAGGGAAAAAAAUAAAACACUACAGGGAAAACAUUGUGGAGAGCAAUAAAUUUUGGUCAGUUUGCACCUAUCAGAUAUUUAUUGUACAAUAACAAUUUAUAUUUUUAGUCAUUGCCCAUUAUUAUUGAUGAGCAUGGUGAAAUAUUUUUGAAUGAGGUGUUUGGGGUUUGUAUGUGCAUUACAAUUGUCCUUUUGUACUGUAAGUUACUGUUUGAUUGGAAUAUUUUAUCAAAACUGUUUCCCUGUGCCUUUAUAUUACAAGAAAGUUGUUUCUGCAACUUCUAAUGAUAUUAAUAAAGAAUACUUUAAGAACCUCA